ACACCAUACUCCUCCAGCACUCUCACUCUCCCCUUCGCCAAGCAGAGCAGAGCAAGCAGAGGAGGGCUCACCGGACUCCGGCCGGGCGGCGGCAUGAAGCGGACCAGAGCGCAGAACCCCAAGGCGCAGGAGCAGGAGCCACCGCAGGACGCCGGGAGCAACACCAACCCGAAGCCGCAGCGCCGGGCGAAGCAGCCGAGGCAGCCCAAGAAGACCGCCGUGGCUCGAGAGGCCGCUGCGGCGGCCGCGACCGCUGCUGCUGCCGCCGCCGUGUCACCCGCGGAGGAGAUGACGCCCGUCGUCCCCGACGUCAGCGUCGGGGCGGGAGGAGGAGGAGGAGGGGAGGUGGCGUGCGGGCUGCCGGCGGAGUGGGACGAGAUGGACGGGUCGCCGUGGUGGACGUUCGGGGUGGAGGAGGAGAAGCUGCUGGGGUGGUUCCCGUUCGUGGAGGAGGACUUCCGGCCCGUCUCCGUCGCCGGCGCCGAGCCCGCGUGCUUCGACGACGACGACAUCUGGAGGAUCCACCAGAUCUACGAGAUCCCCAGCUACGCCGCCAAGUGAAGCGAAGCCGAGAGAUGAAAACGCGAGCGGCAUUCGGCCCGCCGCUUCGGGAAAGUAGAUAGGGGCUGCCGCCGCCGGUAGUGAGUGCUUUUGCGGUGCAGCGACGGGGAACGGACUAAUCCAGGAGGCCACUAAUAUCAUCACCUUAUUAGGCGCUAAACAAGAUGAGAAUUGCAACGGCGAUGCAGUUUCAUGUGUCA